AUUGCACUGAAGUCACUUUAAUUCUGAAGAAGCAAAGGGAAGUGAAAUCGGCAGCUACACUGCAGCUGGGGCCGUCUUGAGACUUCAUGAUGGAUGUUUGUCCCACCAGCUCCUCUGACUUGAGUGAGACUGAAGAAAUUGAGAUCGACGUGAUCAAGAAGCACAGGACAGAACUGCUAGAAGACAUUCAGAGGCUAAAAGAUGAGAUUGCUGACAUAUUUGAAGAGAUAGAUCAUUUCCAGCAGUCACAGACCAGCAAACUAAUCCAGAGAGAUAAAGUUCUGAGCACAGGAAGAAAGAAAUUUAACAUGGACCCAACUAAGGGGAUCCAAUAUCUGACUGAGCACAAAAUGCUGUCCUCAGAUGGGCAAGAAAUUGCCAGAUUCCUUUACAAAGGAGAAGGCCUCAACAAGACGGCCAUUGGAAAUUAUUUGGGAGAGAGGGAGCCAUUAAACCUCCAGAUUCUCCAGGCCUUUGUUGAGUGCCACCAAUUUGCCAACCUCAACCUAGUGCAAGCACUAAGGCAGUUCCUGUGGAGCUUCCGGUUGCCUGGAGAAGCACAGAAAAUUGAUCGUAUGAUGGAAGCUUUUGCCAACUGGUACUGUCAGUGCAAUCCAGGUGUUUUUCAAUCCACAGACACCUGCUACAUCCUCUCCUUUUCCAUCAUAAUGUUGAACACCAGCCUGCAUAAUCCCAAUGUCAAAGACAAGCCUCCACUUGAGAGGUUUGUGUCCAUGAACAGAGGCAUCAAUGAUGGAACGGACUUGCCGGAACCACUCCUAAGGAAUUUGUUCGAUAGCAUCAAGAACGAACCGUUUUCCAUCCCCGAGGACGAUGGGAAUGAUCUCACCCACACUUUUUUCAACCCCAGUCGGGAAGGCUGGCUCCUUAAACUAGGGGGCAGAGUGAAGACUUGGAAGAGGCGUUGGUUCAUCUUGACUGACAACUGCUUGUACUAUUUUGAAUACACCACGGAUAAGGAGCCUCUAGGGAUUAUUCCCCUGGAAAACCUCUCCAUUCGGAAAGCAGAUGACCCAAAGAAGCCAAACUGUUUUGAGCUUUUUAAUGAAAACUGCAAGGGCCAGAAGAUCAAAGCCUGCAAAACCGAUGGGGAUGGGAAGGUGGUUGAAGGCAAGCACCAGUCUUACAAGAUCUCAGCCGCCUUGCCAGAGGAGCGUGACCUAUGGAUUGAAGCAAUCAGAACCAGCAUUACUCGAGAUCCUUUCUAUGACCUAGUUGCAGCUCGUAAGAAAAAGAUUGCCAACAAAAAAUGAUCUACCGUCUUAGUUUCCUAAUGUUUAACUUUAAGAAAAAGACUUCCUCAGAGUUCUUUCAAGGAAGAAACUUGUGGUACCCCAGCUUCCUGUCUGAAACAGGAAUAGGACUGGUGAACUGGACUACAUCUUUCUAUUUCCAGAGCCAGAAUCUGAAGAAACGGACACAAUUUUCAGGAAUUACGGCUCUCUUGUAUUUGCAGAAAACAAAUGUAACAGCUUCUGAACAUCCCCUGACAUUUUAUGCAUCAUACAAAACAGGGUUAGAUGCUUGUGAUCCCUUGAUCGUGGAUCUAGGUCUACAUCAGCAGAUCAGAAGGAACUUGGAAAGAGAUGCAGCUGCCAUGUCUUUAUAUUUUAAAGAACUGAGACAAGAAGACCAGCAUGUCUGUGAGUGGAUGGCCAUUCAACUCCCCAAUGAGGCGGGAGAAGCUUGCUUACGUGGAAUCCUCUCCAGCUUGUUCUGGGAUCUCCUAAAUAAUUGUACAAAUCGGAGUGUUCCCUAGUAUGUCGCACAGAAUGAGGGAAUCAUUGAAUUCUGAUUCAAAGGGCAGAGGUCACCUGGAGGAGUAAAGGGACAUGGUGCACUGUGGUGGGGUCUGGCAAGAGGAAGCACUUCUGUAUUAUUUGCUCAUAGGGCCUGAAAGUGUGAACUGCUGCCAACCAAGGCAACUUUAAUGCUGAAGUGUGGAUUCUCAGGACAGAAGCUUCCAGCCAUCUUGGCUCUAAAAUGACAAUUCAGGGAGUGGGCAGUUCUUACGUUCAUUGAGCUGGCUGCCGCAUCAAUGCAGAAGCCGAUGGGGAAAGCGGUUAGUCAAGGGAUUAGUAAUACACUUAAAGGACAGACCCAUCCAGUGAAUCAAGAACUGAAUUUUGGACUGGGAGGCUUGCAUUCAAGCUCAAUUUCUGUUACAACUCACGCCAUGUCCUCAGACAACUCGUUCCCUAUUGGCUGGCUUCAGUCUCUCAUCUGUGAAAUGAGCAUUCAGAAAUAUCCUGGUUCAGUGGGAGCAAACAUGAUAACUACUCUGUAAAGCUCUUUGUGAAGCAGAAAUGCUAUAUAAAUGGUAAAUUGGGGAGGGGGGGUAGUUGGCACAGAAUGAUAAAAAAUGAUGUUUUGAAAACUCAAAAGCAAAGGGAUGCAAAAAUGUCUAAUGCAUCAACACACACGCUCAAAGCCUAAAGGAUGGACAAAUGCCAAUUUUUUAGAAAAAAAUAAAAAUGGGGAAAAACAUCUUACAGCCUUUGCCACUUUCAGACUGGUUUUGUUUUAUCAACACCAAACAGAAGCAGUCGGCAUGCUGAAUUGCUGUGGUUCUCAUUCUUUAUAAUAAUGAGUCCCAGCUGCAUAAUUUUAUUGGUCAUAUUUAUCACCUAUCUGGUUUUAAAUUAGCUUGACAACACUUAAGGAUGCAGAAAAGGAAGCCUGGAGGGUAAGAACCUAAAUUUAGGCCUCCAUUUCAAAUCCUCUCUUUGCCACGAACUCCCUGAGAGAUCUUGAGUAAAUCUUUGAACCUGU